GCUGAAAAGAAUGAGAAGAAAACUUUGAUACGCGUUCUCGAUCAUUUUAUUUUUUAUUGAAAACAUUCUACGAAUAUUAAAAAAUGAGAAAUAUGAAAUAGUAAUCGUAAUAAUUACUAAUUACUCUAAGUCGUUUCCGAAGUGCGAAGAGUGAUCAUCCGAAAGGAACUUUCGUGGCUGUAUCAUCCGAAGAAUUUCUGUGUUGACAACUCGGACUCGAACUGAUUUUGUGAUUUUGUAUUCUUUUUUUUUCUCGAAAAAUUUAACGCUAUUUAUUUGCUGUUAUUAUUCUUAAUCCUUUGACAAAAGACUGAUAAACUUAAUCUAAAAUCGUUCACGUUGUUGACUCUUUUAGUUGAAAAUCGUUUUAUAUUCCGUGUUUAUUCGUUUAAUUUACCUACAUUCUUUCAAGUUGUUGUAAUUGUAUAAUUGAUCGUCGUCGAAAUUAUUGAACUUGAUUCUCAGCUGAUAAGUAUUAGUCGUUUCGUAUUUCUUUGCUCGAUAAAAUUCUGAUCGUUUUAUAUAGUAAUCGAAUUCAUUAAUCCUUCAAAUUUCAACGUAAACUUUCAAGUUGGUAAUUUGAGUACCUCAAUACGUAAAGAAUAAGGUGUUAACGUACUACACACUAUGGAAUACAAAUUACGAGAACAAAAGGUAUGCUGAGUUAGUUCUGAGAAAUUUCAGCCAAAUGGAAUGAUUUGAGGAUGUGUUUUAGCUAAUUAUCGACUCUGGUUUUCGCAAUCGAAUCCCUGUUACUUUAACUCGACUCAAAAUGCAGCAACAUAGUAAUAUGUCACCGAAGGAGUUAUCCGAUAAUGAUGAUCUGGCCACUAGUUUAAUUCUCGAUCCUCUUUUAGGAUUCAAUACGCAUAAGAUGAAUAUCAGAUAUCGUCCCCUGAAAGCGAACCAAGAAGAACUGAAAAAUAUAAUCUUGGAAUUUAUCGAAUAUCAGGACUACGAAAGAACUUAUGCUCGAUUAGCUGAGGGAGAAUGGAUGCCAAAAACGAUGAGGUUUUUGAAAAGUAAACUACACCAGCAACGAUUAAAGGAACAUAUUUACAGAUAUUUGAGGGUUUUCGAUAAAAGUGCAGGGUUCGUGAUUGAUGCUUGUUAUCGGUACAGUAUGGAAGGUAGAAAAGGUGCUAAAGUCUUGGCUACGAAGAAUUGGAGCAAAAAUGACAAAAUAUCUUGUUUGGUUGGUUGUAUCGCCGAGUUGACUGAACAAGAAGAAAAACAAUUGCUGCAUCCGGGUAAAAAUGAUUUCUCUGUCAUGUACAGUUGUCGUAAAAAUUGUGCUCAAUUAUGGUUGGGACCUGCUGCAUUUAUUAAUCAUGACUGCGGAGCGAACUGCAAAUUUGUUCCAACUGGCCGAGACACUGCCUGCGUUAAAGUAUUGCGUGAUAUUGAAGCUGGCGAAGAAAUCACAUGUUUCUAUGGUCAGGAUUUUUUCGGCGAUAAUAAUUGUUAUUGCGAAUGUGAAACUUGUGAAAGGACUGGAUCCGGUGCAUUUGCUACGAAACAAAACACCCAAUCCGAAAGUGUUCGUUAUCCCCUUCGCAACGCUUACAAAAAAUUAAACAAAGUGAAGGAGAAUAUUCCACUUUUGCCUAUACUGGCUGUGACUAAAGAAAAACUAGAACUGAAACAAGACGAAUACCUUACCGCUAAUCAUAUCAGCGCUAAUCGUAAAAAAGGUCUUACGAAAUACGAUCAAGACCUUAUCGAAAAAUGUACUUUCACCGAAAGUCGCUGCCGACCAUUGGCUGGUAAACGUAAAAUCGACAUGGAGAGCGUGUACACGUCGGUAAAACGACCUAAAAAAACAGUUCACAUUAUCGCUCGUUCGAAACAAAACUCAAUUUCUAGCCGAAUGCGUAACGGCAAAUCGCGUCGUAAUAUAUCGCUGAAAAAGAUAACAUUCCAUCCCGAAACGGAUAAAAAUUUCAACAUCAAGCAUAAAGUUAUACUUCGCAGUAUGAGACAAAAAUCCAAACUAUUGAACCUCGGUAAACCCAAAGACGAACCGGCGCCGCCGGUCCAGUUCAAGCAACCUCCGGUGAAAAUAAAAGUGCGUAGAAAAAGUAGAUCCAAAUUAAAGCUAGAAUCUGUUAACGGCUCCAGUCAAACUGCUCCGAACAAUAAUAACGAUCAGACUGGCAAAUGUGAAGGCGGCACCGGUUGCGAUAAUAUACUGAAUUUUCAAAUCAACUAUAUUUGUAAAGACUUAGACGAUCUGAAUCCUCGCAACGUCGAUGAACCCCCUCCGAGAACGCUUCCUCCCCAUGCCGAUACUUGUGUUCAAAAGGCAACCAAGACUACUCCGAAAGUGCCAAAAAAUCAAACGCUUAGUGAUCCUUAUUCACUGCCAUACGAAGAAUCUUUAUCGCCCAAUGAUGGAAAAGACGUUUACGAAUUCGACGAAAACGAGGAUGAAACUAUUCAACCUUUGACUAGAAAAAGCGCUUCUUCCAAGAACGAUCCGGUGGUCGUUAACGAAACGCCGAAAAGUGAGCAGAAAAACGAGCCGGAAGAAAAACGCGAUUAUUCCGGUAAAUUGAAAUUAACGUUAAAGAUGAAGAAAAGCUCGGUUCUGGACGACGUUUUAGAAAAAGGUAACAAUAUGAAAAGCAUUAGAGAACCUCAGUACGAAGUUUUGCGUUUACAAGUCGAUGGUCCGGUUGAAUGAUGAAAGUUCUACAAAGUAGUAAAGUACGUUUCGCCUUCUUCUUCAAAGAGUUUAUACGAUAUUUUAAACUCUCGCGAGUAUUUUCAAGUUCGAUACUUGAGUUUUCGUUUCUCCCUUUCAUAUACGUAUUUUUUUUCUUUGUUAUUAUUUUAUCGUGGAUAAAAAAAAAUCAUUCGUUUAUUUCCGCUUUAUUGAAAUAUAUACGUUGGUACUUUAAGUACGAAAAAUGUUUCAUUUAUAUCUUCCAUCUUUUUUUUUUCUAAUUUAUUUUUUAUAUCGGUCUUAUUAUUAAAUGUAUGUGUGUAAAAAAACGUCUCUCUCUCUCUUUUAUCGAUACGAUAACGCAUUGAAAAAUUCUUCGAUGUUGUCUAUUUUCGAGUAUUAUUAUAAAAUUCUUGAUCUAUUAGUAAAUGUUUCGGUUUAUGUAUGUUUUAAGUUUGACUACGACGAUUUUUGUUAGCUGUUAAUUCAAACGAUUCUUAUUUAUGAAUUUCUCGAAUUUUAAAUUUGUGUUUUUGCAAGUUUUAUUUUUUGUGAUGCAUCAAUAUUUUAUUUAUUUCCUUUGUUAAUAUUUUUUUUGUUUUGCUUGUGCUGUAUAAUGCAAUAAUUAUUAAACGUAUUAUAUUAUUUUUC